UGGGUCUAUCAGUUUGCUGUCAGAUCGUGUCGGUGUGGCGCAACACGCACAACAUGUUGCGACACAAGUUUCCCUUGACGGGAAGUGGGCGGUCCUACCCCACAAUCACUGGGACGUGACAAAAAAUACAGCUAAAAUUCUUGUUUUGGCGAUUGUUCGAUUUAAGCAAUACAUGAAUAUGGUAUCGAUGUGAGAUCACACAGGGACCAACAUUGAAGCCAGUUAGCUAGUCGUCAUCAUGGUGUCUCUCCAGCUGUUGGUGUUAGCCUGCGUUGCCUCCGCUCUUCCUGCUGCAGCUGAACACAACAACCAUUUGGUGAUAGCCCCACAGUCUCCAGCUUUAGAGAUCGGGACCAACUUCACGGCUACGUGCAUGAUCAUCAACACAGCCGAAGUCACAGCAGAUGACCUCUACUGGAAUCUGUCUGAGACUACUGUACCCAAAGAACAAUACACCAAGAUCAACGAAUCUGCUCUCAAUGUCACUGUCCCCAUCACCGGAGAAUCUCAGUGGUUAUAUUGCCUCUGCAAGAAAGAGUCGCCCUAUUGUGCCCUGAACAGAGGCAAAUUUAUUCACGGGAUCUACCUUGAGAAAGGCUAUCUUCCGGGGAAGCCUGAGAAUCUGUCCUGUGUAGCCGUUCAGGAGAAGAAGCACAUCUCUAGAAUGAUCAGCUGUAAGUGGGACCCAGUAGGACGUCAAACCGAAAACGUCCAUACAUCAUACAAACUGUAUGUCGCAGUGAACCCCGGUCCUAAGCACUAUAAUGUGUCGACCAAAAACAACAGUGCCCAAGUGGAGUUUGAAGCCACUUUCCCCAAUCAUAUGACGCUGGAGAUCUGGGUGGAGGCACACAAUAAACUGGGGAAAAUACAGUCUGAGCAUCUGGAUGAGGAUGCCGGCAUGUUUGUGAAAACAAACCCUCCAUCAGAUGUCAAAGUCAUUUCCGAGAAGAGUUUUCCCACCUCCCUUCUGAUAAACUGGACUCAUCCUAUUCCUAAAGAAUAUGUGAGAUUAACAUAUAAAAUAAGAUUCUGCCAACAUGGAUCUCAAAGUUGGACUUAUGUACCACCUAAUGACACUGCCAUGGACAUACAGUCCUUCAGACUCCAGAACCUUCAUCCAGACACAGUAUAUUUCACUCAGGUGUGCUGCAAAAACGCAAGAGAGGGCCACGGUUACUGGAGCAAUUGGAGUACCAACGCUACCAAGAGAACACCAGAGGACUUACCAGGUAAACCGGAUUUAUGGAGAAUCAUUGCUGAAGGUGACGGCAUAAACAACCGACGAGUGCAGUUUAUUUGUAAGGAUCCUGUGUUUGCCAAUGGGAGGAUAACAAGAUUCAACGUAAAGAUUCAAGACCCGAAGGAUAAAGUGAAGAAUGGGAGUUUGGAGUUGGGGAGUUUCCCAGUCAACAGGUCAGACAGCAGCGCUAUCACUGUCCUUCAACAGAUUCACCUGGCUGACAAGAAAUCUGUUAAAGUAUACGUCUCUGCUGUCAAUUCUGUGGGGAAAUCUGCUGAGGCAUCGUUGGUCAUCUCAAAAAAAGCGCAUGAGCUCGGUCCAGUUGGAGAGCUGAAGGUGUGGCCCCAUGGGGGCCGGCUGUGGUUGGAGUGGAAACCCCCCAACAGCACAGCUCUGUCAGAGUACGUGGUGGAGUGGGUCAGUGGUGAUCAGACGGACUGGCAGAGGGAAAACAGAAACACCAGGCACACUACCAUUAAAGGCAACCUUGAGAAGUUUGUUUGCUACAAUGUAUCUGUGUAUCCAAUAUACUCUGGACGGACUGGGAAACCAGCAAGCACAGCAGCCUAUCUGCAGCAAGGAGCUCCGUCGGAAGCCCCCGCUGUUAGAUUGAACGGUAAACCGGGACAUAACAAGGCCGAGCUGGUCUGGAAGGAGCUCCCCCAGAGCAGUCGGCAAGGCUUCAUCACAAACUACACCAUAUUCUACACAAGUGGAACCAAAACUCACGCAAUAACCAUGCCAGCUGACACCACCUCAUACACUCUGACGUCACUGACAGGCGACACCAAGUAUGACACUUGGAUCAAAGUCUCAACCAUCAAUGGCUCAGCCACCAGCAUCUGUCACUCAUUCACCACUCUGAAAUAUGCACCAGGAGAGAUGGAGGGCAUUGUGGUCGGAGUGAGCCUUGGCUUUCUGUUCAUCGUUGUCGGGACCAUGCUGCUCUGUGUCUACAAAAAAGAUGCGAUCAUGGAGAACUUUUGGCCCCGGAUUCCAAACCCUGGAGAGAGCACCAUUGGAAACUGGUCUCCUGAUUAUCCUUUGAAAACAGAGACACCAAAGGAGAACGGUCUGUGUGGCGUCAGCGUGCUCGAUGUGGAUGUGUGCGAUGGGAAAGGCAUGUUCGAGGAGGACAAGGCCAGUCUGGCCCUGAAGAAGGACAAGUAUCUGUCCGAGGAGCACAGCAGCGGCAUCGGUGGCUCCUCCUGCAUGUCCUCACCUCGCCAGAGUGUGUCCGACAGCGACGAGGGUGGCGACAUGGCCGACACCACGGCCAGCACCGUUCAGUACUCCUCGGUGAUGGCCUCCAGUGGUUACAAGGGUCAGACCCCGAACUCCCAACCCCAGCAGGCUGUCUUUUCACGGUCCGAGUCCACGCAGCCCCUGCUGGACUCUGAGGAGAACCCAGACACGUUGCUGCAGGAGGGCAGCAGACAGUCCCAGCGUUUCCCCCGCCUGCCCUGCUCCACACACACUGACAUCAUGGAGCAGCAGGAGGUGCUGGAGCCUCUGGAUUUCUGUCCCCUGGAAGAGGACUGUGAGCAGGCGACACCAACAGACGGCCAGUCAACAGCGCCGGCCUCCAGCUACAUGCCUCAGCUGGGUGGCUACAGGCCACAGUAAGAGCGCAGACGGACCUAGAGGUGUCAUCUAUGUGAAUGCUUCUGUGCCUUUUGUUAAAGUGGCAAUAGGCAGGUUUUUAGCUUGAACUCAUCAUUAUGAAGUAAAUGUUGAUAGCACGAUGUACUGGUUAUAGAAUAUUGUUUCCAUUGAUUCCCUAUAAGCCUGGAUGUCACUGUGCAGUUCUGUCUGCCACCGGGUUCGAUCUCCAGGGAAGGUGAAGGCUUUCGACAGUGUGUCGACAGCUCAUUUCCAAUGAAAGUAGCUAGCAAUAUCUCCAACAUCAUACCAAGCCCCCAGGAAGAGCGCAGACUUUGAGGCAAAUUUGACAUAGUGGCCAAACAACUUCCGUAUCCAUAAAUUUAACACGCCUCCCUACGAUGGCCUUCAGGUAACGUAAUGUUAAAUUCCGUAUCUGUAAUGUUAAAUUACGUAUCUGUAAUUUAACUCAUUAGGUCCUAGAAGUGCUAAACCUUCCUCUGUUCGUGUGAAUAAGAACGAGGCAGGGACUGGAGGCGGGGCUAAAAGCAACGAUAGUGUUCAUGCUCUAUGGAUCCAGUGAUGAGGAAGAUUCCGGAACUCUAUACUCGGAAGUCAACAUUUCUUUGCUUCAUGCGCCACUCUGCAACUUUUCAUAGGAAUGAACGGCGUGCCAGCUCUCUUUAUACAUUUAUCAUUCUCUCAUUUGCAUACCGGUGACGUCAUGGUGCAUUCAUUUGCAUAAAGCUUACCCCGUAAGCAGAAGAGCCUGUGAUUACUCUGAGCUGCACUGGGAUUGAAUAGGGAUAUGUAUUUGAAUAGGUCUUGCUUUUUUCCCUCUGAUGGUCGCCAAAUUUGUUGCCAGUUGUAAUCUCAAAAGAAAAAUGAAAGCAAUCCUGUUAUCUUUGCAACAACAACAGCAGCAGCAGCAACAAUAAUAGCAUUUGGAAACGCUAGGGGGGGAAAUUGAAAAGUUGUCUAUUGCCACGUUAAUGUCACAAUGUUCUUUUCAAGUCUUUGAAGCAGUGAAGAGUCUUUCACGCGUAACCAAGUGUGAAUAUUUCCUGACGCUGUGGGAGAUUACUCUUCAAUGUGAAUUACAGCUUGUAGCGGUAGUUUACCAGCUUUGCACUCACAUAGAAAACUUCCACAGCCACAUCUUUACAGUAGAUAAUACCCAAAACAUACUCACACAUGUAUGUUUAGGAAAUGUCACAUGUCUAGGGAGUGAUCGGUGCUACAGCAGGCAGACUGAGGAUGAAGCUGUUUCUGACUUGUCUCUGUAGCGCCCUCAUGUGGACGGGUUUACCUCUGCAGGGAUGUUACAGUUGAUCACCUGAGCAUUGUCACUUAAAAUACAGGAAGUGUAUUCUCGGUUUAAGUACAUACUCUGUACAUGAAUGUAAUCAAGUAACAAAAGAUCACACUGACACGUACGUGCUGUCAGUGCAGGUUCAAUAAAAAAAGUACAUUUUAUAGUACCAGUGUGUAGGAUUUUCAUAUCUACAUCAGAAGCGGGUCCCCUUGGAGUCCGCCAUGUUUCACUGCCAUGUUUCUACAGGAGCCCAGAAAGGACAAACCAAACACUGGCUCUAGAGAGAGACAUUUAAGUUGUUACGUUACCUGAAGGCCAUCGUAGGGAGGGGAGCUCAGCCUCUCCACUAGAUGCCACUAAAUCCUACACGCUGCUGCUUUAACUGCCUUUGGAAAUCAAAAAAAGGAAGUGAAAUAAAUAUUUUAGCAAUGCACAGUUUGUAGCUCACGUGACAGUUAUUUAGUUUGAAGAUCUGGUUACAGUCGGCAGUGGCAGAGUAGGGUCAGUCUCACGUUGGUUACAGUGGUCAGGACAACUAGGAAAACCCACGAGUAUUAUAUUUUUUACUUUUUUAAAGCACGAUUUCAUUUCAAUGCAAACUGUUGAAAAAGGGUUUUGCAUUCAUUAUCUGCUGACAAAGUUUAAGGGUUUCUCUAUUUUGAAACGCUGUAAAUGAUCAUUAUGAAAUAAAUGUUUUAACUAA